AUGUCAUCAACAAGCUCAACAGUUUACAAACUGUUGCUUACACUGUCAACUCUUCUUGUUUUGUCUUUGACCUUUAGCACAGCAGUUGUCAAUGCUCAACAAUCAACUUGUGUGCAGACUCCUUGGGCCACAGGAUGCACAGACUUUGUGUAUCCUGCUGUGAACGUCUCUCAGGAUAUUGAUAACCUUUGCGACCCAGACGGUGGAAUGCCCUAUAUGGCCGUCUGCUCCAUCAACAACACUUGUUCGCAAAAGGCCAUUAAUUCUGGUGUUUGCCAACCACUUAGCGUGCUGGCCGACGGUUGCCAGUUCGACAUGCCAGGCAUGUCUGGUUGCAGCAACUACAAGUCAAUGUGUGGCGUUGCAAACUCUACCGUUGCCGAGUGCAAGACAUAUCAGGCCAUCCCUAACCUCAUUAGUACCAAGCAGCUCAAUCUAAUGGUCUAUAACAUCUGCCACGAGAUGAACAUGGAGUCCUGUAGCAAGUGCCCAUGGCAGACGACCCCGCCUGGCACCUAUCUCGACUGUGAUCUACUUCUCGUGUACAGUCAGUUGUGCCAGCAAAUGCCAACGAUGGGACAGUGCCAGCAAUGGAAGACAUUCUGUGCACAAGGCACCGCAUUGGAGAAGUCCCCACUCUCAAGCACAUACUGUUCUCAACCGGAAGGCCAGAAAGUGCCACUCAUGCGAAUGUACUUCCACACUGGAAUUCUCGACUAUGUCCUAUUCAAGGACUGGGUACCACAGAACAAUGGCCAGUACACUGGCUACUGGUUCUUGGUCUUCUUCUUUGCCAUACUCUUUGAAUGUGAAAAGACGCUCAGAGCAAUGCUUGAGAAGAAAUGGGAAGCAGUCCGCCAGAAGAACCUUGAGAUCAAUGGUGAGGAAGUAUCAAGCUUGGGUGGUAUCAGAGGUUCUUUCCCUCCAUUCAAUAUCAAGGUGGACGUUGUCAGAGGAUUCUUGACAGGAGUUGAACUGACAAUGAGUUAUCUAUUGAUGCUUGUUGCAAUGACAUUCAACGUUGCUCUGUUCUUUAGUGUCAUUGCAGGAACAAUCGUUGGCAAUAUCUUGGUGGGAAGAUUUCGUUCAUACAAGCCCAAAGUCACCUGUUGCGACUAA